AUGGAGGCCUCCAAAGCGAUUGUAAAGAACACCGAUAUGUCGGAGGAGAUGCAACAACGCGCAAUAGAGUGUGCCGAAGAGGCACUGGACCGGUAUAACAUUGAGAAGGACAUUGCUGCUCACAUAAAAAAGCUCUUUGAUAAGGAAUUCUCCCCCACUUGGCAUUGCGUGGUUGGAAGAAAUUUCGGCAGGCUUUGCUUCUCUCCUAGUUAUGUCACUCACGAGGAGAAUAAAUUUAUCUACUUCUAUUUGGGCCAUAUUGCUAUCUUGCUGUACAAAUCGUUAUGA